AUAUGUAUUAAGAAUUGGUGCGUGUUGAUAUCGAUGAUACAGAGAUGAGUGAGUGUGUGUAUAUGUUUGGUGGUUGACAUUUAAACAUUUGAUUUGUGUGUGUCAAUUGUCGUUUGACCUAAGAUUCCAAGACCUUGUAAAGUGGAUCAGCUUUAGAAUAGUAUAUUUGCGAUUCUUACCUUGAAUUCAGUAAUUCCACAAAAGUUUGCUGGAUUGGAAAUUAUAGCAGUAAUGUGCGCAUUUAUCCUUGGCCAAAAUAGUUAUAUUCCCUGUCGUCGCCAUCCUUGUCGUUUCACUUUCGAUUGCAUGCUUUCGGUGUGCAAGUGUGAGUCAUUCAUUCAUUUGUCUCGUCACGGAAGACCAUUGCAUUUUUGUACCCGUUUAAUUUAAUUGAAACUUUAAAUAAACAAUCCAACAACAGGCGAGAAAAAAAAAAGCAACACACCAUUGGCCUUGACAUUUUUUAUAUUAUUAAAAAGAACGAUGAAACCAAAGUCUAUUGCUGUGAUUCGAUGUUGUUGGUGGUAUUUUUUGAAGCCACCGUCGCCUUUAACAGCCCAAACAUCGGUAAACUACCGUCACCGUAUCAAAAUUACAGCAAUGCCAAUCGAUUGAUCGAACACAGCAUAGGAUCGAAGGAGCCAAUCGAACAGCAAAGAGAAUAGAAAAGAAAUCAAUCGAAUCAUUUUUAAUCGCCCCCACAAAUUUCGACCGAGUACAUUGACGAGAUUGACACAUCAUUGAGUUGCGAUGUCGAUUAAUUCGUUUGUGUACGAAAUAAAAUGGUGCCUGAAUUCUAGUAACAAAACAUUGUGAACGAAAUAGAAUCAACAGAAAGAAAAAGAGAGAGAAAGUGAGAAAGACAGGAAGGAAAAAUUGGAAAAAAAAGAUCGAUUGAUUUGCAAAUUGAAAAUUUUCUUGGCAAUUAAACAAAGGACAAUUAGUGUUAUGUACAACUAUCGAAAGUGUUAUUUCGAUACAAAAAAAAAAAAACAAAUAAACAAAGAAACAAAAUUGAGAUUCUGUUAGUGAAUUGAUAAAAAGGCCGAAAGAACGUUAAAAAUAUGCUCACCGAAGAACGAACGUCAAAACUUGACACAUGGACCGAUGUGGUGAACCUUCGAAGCAAUCAUAUAUUGGAAACAUUUUUGCCAAUGUGGUAUCAUAUAGCUCUAUGGAGUCUUAUUUCGUCAAUAUUCAUCCAUACAUGUGCCGCACUCAUAGCAUUUGUUACAUUGCGAAAACACAAAUUCGGUCGCUUUUUUUCGAUAUUGAUAUUGGUGAUGGGUGUUGUGUCACCGGCAACUAGUGGCAUCGUAAGCAGUGCAACAAUUGCUUUCGUGCAUCGUGCCUCCAGUUUACAGAUGUCACCCGUUUAUGCACUCGUCUGGGGCAUUGGACUAACUAUUGUAUCCGCUUUUGUCGGCUACUUACGAAUUCUAGCUACACUGUAAAUCACUUUGGACACAAUCAACAAUCAACCUGAAACGACAACGUGAAACAUCAAGCAUAAUUUAACAAAAUGGAAAACAACAACCCUACUAUACUCGAACACUGAAUUCAAGUGAACAGCAAAUAGACAGCGAUUGUUUUCAUUCAUAAGCAAACAAAAACAACUAGAUACGAACAGUCAAUAGAGUUUAAGUCAAAAUGAUUUAGGUCAAUUAAUUGUUCAUUCAUUUCUAUUUCUUUUCUAUCAAGUCUGUAAUUAGAAUGGUGUAUAGAGGCACUAAUUUGUAAGAUUUAGUAAAAAAAAAAAAUGUGGACAAAUCUUGAAUAGCAACAACAUUUUUCAAUUGUUCAUCAAAUACCAGCUUUGGGUAUUUUUUUCAUUCUUUAGAUACAGAUGUUAUAUUUUGGAAACAUUUCAGACAGACUCUUUUUUUACUUCUUAAAAAAAAACAAGGAAUUUCUUCUUAGAUAUUACUCUACGGAAUAAAUAUUUUGGCUACAUAAAAAUCAAAGCAGUGAAUGAGUGGAAAAAAAAUCAUUGACCAAAUUCCAUUACUUUUUUUUUCAUUUAUUCCAAACUGUAUCUUAUAUGAAUACUGGUGCGACAAAUUCAAUAGAAAAUGUCAAAUGAUAGUGACGUGGAAUUUUUAAUGUAGGUGAUACAAUAGAUCAAGUGAGAGUGAAUUAUGUUAAGUUAUUUCAUCAUUCAAAAUAGGAAACAACAAAGAAGUAAUACUUUUGUUCUGUAAAAAAAAAGGAGAAACAAUCAUGUGUAAAUAUUCGUUAAAAGCACUAAUUAUUAUAACAACUCAAAGUCAUUGGGAGCUACUGGGCUCCAAGUGACACAGAAUAUUCAGAGAAAUAAAAAUACGAACAAAAUGCGAAUUUAUAUAA